GGGUGGUGCGGCCCGGGCUGUCAGUCAUUCCCCGCUCGGCGCGUGGCCGCCCAGCUCCGCGACGCCCCCCGCUCCCCGCUCCCACUCGCCGCCCAACGCUCCGUCGCCCCGUCGCCCGCCCGCCCGCCCGGCCCGUUACCAUGCUGCAACCCGCCGACCUCAUCUGGACUUUGCUUUUCCUGGGAACUGCAGUCUCUCUCCAGGUGGAUAUCGUUCCCAGCCAGGGGGAAAUCAGCGUCGGAGAGUCCAAAUUCUUCUUGUGUCAAGUGGCUGGGGAAGCCAAAGACAAAGACAUCUCCUGGUUCUCCCCCAAUGGGGAAAAGCUGACUCCGAACCAGCAGCGCAUCUCUGUGGUCUGGAAUGAUGACUCUUCCUCCACCCUCACCAUCUACAACGCCAAUAUCGAUGACGCUGGCAUCUACAAGUGUGUUGUCACCAGCGAGGAUGGCAGCGAAUCAGAGGCCACGGUCAACGUGAAGAUCUUCCAGAAAUUGAUGUUCAAGAACGCCCCAACCCCACAGGAGUUCAAAGAAGGAGACGAUGCCGUGAUUGUGUGUGACGUGGUCAGCUCCCUGCCCCCAACCAUCAUCUGGAAGCACAAGGGUCGUGACGUCAUCCUGAAAAAAGACGACCGAUUUGUCGUCCUGACCAACAAUUAUCUGCAGAUCCGAGGCAUCAAGAAAACAGAUGAGGGGACCUAUCGCUGUGAGGGCAGGAUCCUGGCUCGGGGGGAGAUCAACUUCAAGGACAUUCAGGUCAUUGUGAAUGUGCCGCCCUCGGUCCGGGCCAGGCAGAGCCUGGUGAAUGCCACAGCCAACCUGGGCCAGUCGGUCACCCUGGUGUGCGACGCGGACGGCUUCCCGGAGCCCACGAUGAGCUGGACAAAAGAUGGAGAGCAGAUCGAGCCCGAGGAUGAUGACAAGUUCAGCUUCAGUGAGGACAAUUCCGAACUGACCAUCAGGAAGGUUGACAAGAAUGAUGAGGCAGAGUAUAUCUGCAUCGCCGAGAACAAAGCAGGAGAACAGGAAGAUUUUAUCCAUCUCAAAGUCUUUGCAAAACCCAAAAUCACAUAUGUGGAGAACAAAACCGCCAUGGAGCUGGAGGAGCAGAUCACGCUGACCUGCGAGGCCUCCGGAGACCCCAUCCCUUCCAUCACCUGGAGAAGUGCCACGCGGAACAUCAGCAAUGAAGAGAAGGCUUCGUGGACUCGACCCGAGAAACAAGAGACCUUGGACGGGCGCAUUGUGGUGCGCAGUCACGCGCGAGUCUCGUCCCUGACGUUAAAGAGCAUCCAGUACACGGACGCCGGCGAGUACGUCUGCACCGCCAGCAACCUCAUUGGCCAGGACUCCCAGGCCAUGCACCUGGAAGUGCAGUAUGCCCCCAAGCUGCAGGGCCCCGUGGCGGUUUAUACCUGGGAGGGGAACCAGGUCAACAUCACCUGCGAGGUGUUCGCCUAUCCCAGCGCCGUCAUCUCCUGGUUCCGCGACGGGCAGCUGCUCCCCAGCUCCAACUACAGCAACCUCAAGAUCUACAGCAGCCCCUCAGCCAGCUACCUGGAGGUGACCCCUGACUCCGAGAAUGACUUUGGGAACUACAACUGCACGGCUGUGAACCGCAUCGGCCAGGAGUCCCUGGAAUUCAUCCUUGUCCAAGCAGACACCCCGUCAUCCCCAUCCAUCGGCGGUGUGGAACCCUACUCUAGCACCGCGCAGGUCCAGUUUGACGAGCCGGAGGCCACGGGAGGUGUGCCCAUCCUCCGCUACAAGGCCGAGUGGAGACCUGUGGGGGAGGAGAAGUGGCACUCCAGGUGGUACGAUGCCAAGGAAGCAAACGUGGAAGGGCUGAUCACCAUCGUGGGGCUGAAGCCAGAGACGACCUACUCCGUGAGACUGUCGGCCGUCAACGGAAAGGGGCUCGGGGAGAUCAGCGGGGUCUCGGAGUUCAAGACCCAGCCAGUCCACGCUCCUUCACCGACUCCUGCGCCCCCCUCCUCCCGCACUGCCCUGCUGCCCGCUGCAGCCACAACUUGGCCACCCGCGUCUCCAGCCACCGAGCCAGCUAAAGGAGAACCCAGCGCCCCCAAACUGGAGGGGCAGAUGGGCGAGGACGGGAACUCCAUCAAAGUGAAUGUGAUCAAGCAGGAUGACGGCGGCUCCCCGAUUAGACACUACCUGAUUAAGUACCGCGCGAAGCACGCCUCAGAGUGGAAGCCUGAGAUCAAGCUCCCGUCGGGCAGCGACCACAUCACGCUCAAGGCCCUGGACUGGAACGCAGAGUACGAGGUCGUGGUGGUGGCUGAGAACCAGCAGGGCAAGUCCAAGGCCGCCCACUAUGCGUUCAGGACGUCGGCCCAGCCCACGGCCAUCCCAGCUGGCACCAGCCCCACCUCCAGCCUGGGCACUGGUGCUAUCGUGGGUAUCUUGGUGGUGGUCUUUGUCCUGCUGCUGGUGGCCGUGGACAUCACCUGCUACUUCCUGAACAAGUGCGGCCUGUUCAUGUGCAUCGCCGUCAACCUGUGUGGGAAGGCCGGCCCCGGAGCCAAGGGCAAGGACAUGGAGGAGGGCAAAGCCGCAUUCUCGAAAGAUGAAUCUAAGGAGCCUAUCGUGGAGGUACGCACGGAGGAGGAACGGACCCCCAACCACGAUGGUGGGAAACACACGGAGCCAAAUGAGACCACACCGCUGACGGAGCCAGAGCUGCCAGCCGACCCCGCAGCCGCUGGCGAAGACAUGCUACCUUCUGUCACCACCGUGACCACUAACUCUGACACUAUCACCGAAACCUUUGCCACUGCUCAGAACAGCCCCACCAGUGAGACCACCACCCUCACCUCCAGCACUGCCCCCCCAGCCGUGGCCCUCCCCGACUCUAACUCGGUGCCGCCCGCCCACGCCACCCCGGCCAAGGGCCCCGCGGCCCCGGCCCCCUCGCUGCCUCCCGCCUCGGUCCCCAGGGUGGCCCCCCUGGUGGACCUCAGCGACCCCCCGGCCUCGCCGCCGCCCCCCUCUGGCAAUCCGCCCUCGGGCGUGCCGGCCCCCCCAGGGGCCGUCCUCAGCCCCGGCGCCCCGGCCGGCCCGGCGGAGACCCCCAAGGCUCCCACGGGGAGCCAGCCGGCCCCGGCCGCCCCCUCCGAGCCCUCGCAGGCCAAACCGGAGCCGGCCGGCCCCAAAGGCCCGGACCCGGGGGCCGCCCCCGCGAAGAGCCCGGCUGGCGCCCCGGCGAACCUCCCCAGCCCGAAGAACGAGGCCGCCUCGGCCAGCGCCGCGCACCCCCCCCAGGGCGAGGACUUUAAAAUGGACGAAGGCACCUUCAAGACCCCAGACAUUGACCUUGCAAAGGAUGUUUUUGCAGCCCUGGGUACUGCCGCUCCGGCCCCUGGGGCGAGCGGGCCCGUCCCCGGGCCUGCCGCUUCCCCCGCAGACAGCUCUGUGUCGCCUGCACCAGCAAAGACCGAGAAAGCCCCCGUAGAAGCUAAGUCGGAGGGCCAGGAGGCCGAAAGUCCGCCAGCCCCCGCAGAAGUCAAGACGGUCCCCAGUGAAGCCACACAAACAAAUGCGAACGAGAGCAAAGCAUGAUGGGGGACGGGGAUGAGCAGCAAUCAGAUCAAACGACGGAACAACUUCACCGAGCAUCUCCCCCACCUCGCACGCUCACACGCACGCAUAUGCACACACGCACGCGCACACACACACGCGUGUGCACACAGACACACACACACACACACACCCCCCAUUGCUCUAGUGUCUCUUGCCUUUUUUUUUUUUCCCAAAAACAAAAGCAGACAGACCAGCCAGCCAUGGGAGUUCUUUUUGUAUGUCUGUAGAAAGGGUCCAUCUGUGAUACACUAGCUUUGAAGAAAACUAAAACAGAAAGGGUCAGCACCCACCCAAAUUCAGAAUACUCUGUUCCCCGAGACCAUUUGGUUAAGGAAUAAAAAAAAAAGAAAAAACCAAAA